AUGGGUCUCGGCGCUGUCAAACGCUUUCUCAUAGUUGACAAAGAUGUGAUCAAUGCAGCUAAAUCCCUGAUGAAAUCCAGCCUAAUAGGUGGGCUUCAUCCAGUGCCCUUGAUAUGUGAGCGAAAAUCUUCAAAGUGUUCGGGAGGUUCUCCGUGGUCGGCUGAAACGUGGUCCGAUCCCGGAGCCGUAGCUACCUUCAUGGUUUGGAUGACGGGCGUACAGGUAGAAUCCGUGGUGGUAUUUCUCCAGUGGGAUUAA